AGCCAUUUCGGCUCAGGCUGUUUCGACCCCCCGCUGCAAGCGCCGUGAUAUUUUUUUGGCGCCUUGAGCAGAGCGAGGGUGGCCGAUUGGGCUUUCGGCGACCCUCCAGACAGUCGAACAUCCUGGCCCGUGACGCCGUCGUCGUCGCAACCCCCGUCCUGCAGGCCGCCAGCCGUCGGGGCAAAGCGGGGAUGGCGGUGCAGGUUCGCAGGAGCAUCCUGCAGAGCCGCCUUCCCGGAGGCGUGCAGAAGGUCGCGGUGCCCAUGGUCCGGGACGCCCACGAUCCCGUUCGACGCGUGCGGGACCCGCUGGAGAUCCACCACAGGCAGCAGAUGAGGACCAGAGGCACUGGCUCCACGACGCCGAGCCCGAAGCCGGGCUGGCGCUCGGCGCCGCCCUCCCGCACGGCGCGGUGGGCGUCCCCGGACGGUGGCGGCGCGAGCUGCAGGCCUUGCAGCAGCGCCGCGCGCUGGAGUUUGAUGCCCUCGACUGCGAGGACGACCUCUCGCCCGGCUCCAGGCCGUUCGGGCGCCAGCUGCGGGACGCGAGGCAGCGAUCCAAGCGGUUGCACACCGACGAGACGGACAUGGAGG